AGAGUCAAUUCAGAGAAGCUGUUAAGGAUCUUGAACAAGCGCGUCGUGUAGUCCCAGACUUUGGUCCCGAAGAAGCCAGAAUCAAGGCAGCAGUAAGCUAAGCACUCUACUCACGUUCUGGGCAUAGCAACCGCUGACUAUGUACAGGCCAAGAAACAGUCUGAUGAGACCAUAGCCGAGGUCCAUACUCAAGUUCGCAAGCUUAACGUUGACUUCAACAACAAAAUGUUGAGACAAGAGAAGAAGAAGGAAGAAGUCGACCGCGAACUCGCCGCUAGAGAGAAGACUGUCAAAGACUUACAACUUGAGCUCGAGCGCUUGAGACAAGAGUUUGGCAGCCGCAGUGCUACGUCGUGUUCCGAGGAGGUGCGUUUGAAGAACGAACAGAUCAAACUCCUGAAGGACGAAAAGGUUGCAGCAGGCGGUCGCCUCGAGAAGCUGCAGCAAACUCUUGAAGCGCAUAGUCACUCAGCCAAGGAUACAGCUCAAAAACUGCAACAGAGCCACUCGCGGAUCGAGCGUCUCGAUCAGUCCAACACGACUAUGCAAGGAAAGAUCAAGUCCCUGGAGCAAAGUCUCGAGGCAUCUCAAAUUCUGAAGGAGGCAAGCGACAAAGCCCAUCAGGAAGCCUUAGUACUUCAGUCUCAAACUUCUGGAAACCAACUCAAUGCCUUGGAGGUCCGCUUGAAUGAGGUCGAGUCCCGAAAAUGUGCUGUCGAAAGCAAACUCAGCGACCUAGAAAGGCAAUCCAGUGAUGAAGUCAAACAGCUACAGCACGAGCUCACAACUCUACAACAAGGGUUGGGAGAUGCCAAGAUCCGUCUCAAGGAGAUGGACGAGCGUUACACUAAACAUGAAGAGGUCAUCAAGCAGAAGGACCCUGAGAUUGACAAGCUCAAGCAGGAUCUUGCAAACGCUCACACUGCGGCGAUCCAAAUCCCUAAUUCGCAACCACACGAAGACUCUGAGAACCCUCCGACCAAAAAAUCCAGGAGAGUGGUCAACAGAAACGCUUCCUCGGUCUCCAAGUCUACAAGUUCGGCGAUCUCCGCUGGUGACGCGCAGACUACCAACGGUGUUACCCAGAGUAUCCAGACAAGAGGUACAGGUUCUUCGAUCUUCGGACCAUUCAGCAAGUCGAGGGGUGACAGCCUUGACGAGCACGGUCCAGAAGGGGUCACUCAUGAAGACGAAGACAUGUUGGAUCUAGACAAUGCAGUCUUGCGUUUCGCAAAGACAAACUCCAGACCCACCACAUCGCAGUCUGAGACUCAAAAUGCGCUCAGUUUAGGCUCUAAAGAAAUCUUGGACGAUGAAGAAGUCAGACUUAGAAGUCAGGCCAGUCGUACGCAGACAGUUGCACAGCUUCAACAUCAGAAACAGAUCUUGUCGUCGUCAUCAUUGAGUUCGCCCAUCUCGCCCAGCGAUGCCUGGAGAGAAACAGCACAGAUCGAUGCGGGUGAGACACAGAGCCAAGAUCAAAGUGGAAUCUUCCAACAAGAGUCGUAUGGUCUCGGUAUCCAAAAUCAGCACGAGUCGCUCGACUUCAGUGGCGAAACGCAACAGCAAUCAAUGGACCUUGGAACCUUUGACGAUCUUGUUGUCAAACCCCACUCUGCGUUUGAAACACCAUUGAAGGCGGGUGGCAAAAACCUGCAAGGCGUGGGUAGGAAGCUCACAUUGAGACCUGAGAGCCAAACGAGAUCACAAAGCAGACCUGGAGCUUUGCCUUCUAUCACCACGCCCAGACUUCUCAAAGCGUCAGCGGUCCUUGCGCAGCAGAAGAAGGUGUCUGCGUUGAGCAGCGGGCCUCACAACUUCAAAACAGGAGGUAUCACCAAGGGGAAACGCACGAGUGUCGACGAAGCAGAAGAAGAAGAAGAAGAAGAGGAAGCCGGCGUGUACUCGGCUCCCAGCAGCUCUGUACGUGGCAGUGUAAGCCCGCAGAAACGAUCAGCCUCCCAAAGCACAAAGAACAACAAGAGACAGCGCAAGGACACUACCACAGUUUCCUUGCCCUCCACGCGCCAGCGUAGCGCUAUCCCAGCACCACGCCGCUCUCAAACCACGGUAAAGAGCAGUUCCCAGAACAGAGGCCCAUCGGCAAGUCAGGGAGCGGCCACGCCAGCUCCACAGAGACGUCGCUCAGUGAGAAACAGUAAGUCGAUGAUGAUUCGGUUGCGUACGACAUGACUAACAAGGCUUCACAGACAGAGAGCAGAGUAUGAUGAGCCGCUUCAACGAUGAGAUGAUGAGGUAAGCACCAAAGGUUGCGGAGGAACGAGUGACGAAGCGAGUGAGAGCCACCGCGCAACAUGUUUGAU